UUGUGGAUUGGAACUUGCACGCUCGCGGGAUUCGAAACGUCACAAUGGCUCAGAACGUUCAGAGCGUUACGCUGUCUCUCACGCUGCCCAUCACUUGCCACAUUUGCUUGGGAAAGGUCCGCCAUCCACUCAUCUGCACCAACAACCACGUCUUCUGCUCUGUUUGCAUUGAAGUAUGGCUAAAGAACAAUAGCCAGUGUCCCGCUUGUAGGAUCCCGAUCACCCCUGACAAUCCUUGCAAAGAGGUCCUGGGAGGAACAAGCGAAAACGACCCUGUGUUCAGCCCUGCAGUCAGAAAACAGCUCCGCAAAACAAGGCUUGAACUUCUGCACAAAGAAUAUGAGGAUGAGAUAGAAUCUCUGCAGAAAGAGUUGGAAGAGCUGAAAGGGAAAAACCUCAGUUUGGAGUCCCAGCUCAAAUCUGUCCUACACCCUGUGACAUUGGACAUGUCCCACAAAAGCCGGGAGAGCCCUCCACUCUCAGAUAAUGAACAGAAAAUGGAUGCUGAGACUUUGACCACAUGGGCCCAGAAGCUUCAGGCAGCGAGUGAUAUGUAUGAAAAAGCAAGGGAUGACAUGGAAAAGUUAACGGAGGUAAAUAAGAAAUUAAGGCUGGAAAAUGGGAGUCUUGUGAGGGAGAACUUGCGGUUAAAGGCUGAGGUUGGAAGCCGAUCACCCCAGAAGUUUGGGAGGUUCACUGUCGCAGCCCUCCAGUCCAAGCUAGAGCAGUGCGAGCGUGAAACGAACCGCCUGAAGAAGGCCCUGCAAAGAAGCGACUCAUACAUUGAGGACCUUGAGUCCCAAAUUUCACAGCUGAAAAGGGAAUGUGAGCAAAGGCGCAGUGCGAGUCCGGAAAGGGAAGCCGCUGUUGGCCUGAAGGAGAACAUGAGCGAAAGUGCUCCUAAUGAGAUCGCACUCUUGGAGAGCCCGGAGGAACAUCUCGAUCAAAGCUGCCUGUGUAGCAGCCACAGCCCCGAUGGCCUCGAGCAGGCGGCGGGUAGCGGACUGCUCGGUAGCAGCAAUGACGUGUGCUUGAAUGCGGCCAGCCAGUGCUGCUCGGAUGAAUCGGUUGGCCAGGGCUCUGUUCCACGGGAUGUCUUUACGGGCUCUCAGGAGGGCCUGUUGGAUAUAGCAGGCUCUCACAUGGACACCUGUUCAGAGCAAACAUGGCAGAAAAUUGAAGACUGUGUCCCAUAUAAAGAAGAGCUUUAUGAGCUUCCAGAUCCAUGUACCCCACUCUCGCUCAGCUGCCUCCAGCUGAACACUCCGAGCAACAAGGAUGAUCCUUCUGGAAAGGAGGAGACUGCAAGAGAGCCCUCUGCCUUCCUAAGGAAACUGGAAUUUGAGGAUUUUGGUGAGGCGUCAGAUGACGGCAACAAGGACUCUCCUGAUCGUAGUGCAAGCAGCUGUGAGAGCACUGAAAACAAGGUGGCGUGUUUUGUAUCAGACAAGCCAGUAUUUUGGGACAGAUGCCAGCCUCACUAUGAUAACUUGGACUUUGAAGGCUCGGAACCAAAUGCAGUCACUAACGACUCAGGAGAGUCUUCGGCAAAAUCCAACGAUAAAACACACAAUCCAGUUGUGCCUAAAAAACUUCAUUCAGUCCGUUCUUCAGAGAUGAAUCGCACCAGAACUUCCAGUGAGGCAUCUAUGGAUGCUGCUUACCUUGAUAAAAUCUCUGAACUGGAUUCCAUGAUGUCUGAAUCGGACAACAGCAAGAGCCCCUAUUAUACUUCCAAGUCAUCUUCUGACCUGGAUACUUCCUGCAAGGUCGAUCCACAUCAUGACCUUUUGAAUGAAAAUGAUAAGAAUGGGAAAGAAAGGAAGGAGCAAAAUUCUCUGAAAUGUCCUCUGGCGACUGAUCCUUCUGAAGAGGACAGUGAGUGGAAAUCUGCGACUUUUUCAAUCCUUUCUCCAUCUGCAUUAGACAUAACUGAUCCUUUCCCACUCUUUGCAGGCCGGACUUCAGAAAUGAGUGAAAUAAAGCCUCCAGGCUUCUUGUUCCAAAGAGAGCUGUCCCCAAGCUUUCUCUUUAGCAACUCUCGAGGACUGUUUGAAGAGCAAAAGCUUGGGUCCCCUCUCUUUAAAGUGGCUCCUGAGCUGCAUAGCCAGCAUCACCAGCUGCAGUCUCCAUGGUCGUCAUCCUUCAUACCCGACAGAAAAGCCAAAAGUAUCCAUGCAUCAGCAAAAAGGAAAAUUCAGAGUAGUCUGUCUAGUGCAAGUCCCUCGAAAACAACCAAAAAUUGAUGCCCUGGUUGACUUUCCUUUUUCUAAACAAAAUAGAUAUUUAGUGCUGAUGUGAAAUGGUUCAAAUUCCCUCACCCGCCCAGAGUGAAUACUUCUUAAGUUCUCCUUUGAUCUCAGUGUGUCCAGGACUUAAAUACUGAGAGAUGGAGCGUGAAGAUUCUCUCAGAGAGUUUUUGUUGAAGAAGGACGCAUCAGUUGAUGUCUUCAGUUUUAGACACCACCCUUUUGUUUUAGUGCUGGGUUGUAUGAUGUCUUUUAUGCUGUGAGGAGCUGCUAAAUGUCCAGUUACUGAGUGUGACAGGUCUUCAAAACAGUUUCUCAUUGAAAGCAAUCUUUACAUGGGGAAGACCCUUGAGAGACAACGCCAUAGUCUCUCUUGUGCAAAAAUGUGAUGGCAGCUAUUGCUGAGCCAAGCUUCUCCCUGAACCUGGAUUUCAGAAUAAAACGUUUGCCUGCUAUUAUCUGCAUUAGUCGGUUUCCUUCCCUCUGCCUUCUCCCCUGCUGAAUCUGUAGUUUUCAGUGUGGAGCUGUUAGUUCGUAUCUUUUAUUUUCCUUUGGCAAGUUUUCUGUUGGAAAAAAUGCCUUUUUCCUUGAGACAGAGAAUCCAGUUAUUUUUUAUUUUUUUAAUUAAAUACUGCUUUUAACUUUCUAAAAAUGGAAAAUCUCCACUGUUGUAUAAGACUGUGUGAUUUGUGUCUGCAUAGUUCAAAAAUGGGUUGGUAUGCUAAUGGCUUGUUUACUGAAUGUGCACUGAGCAUUUUACAUGAAUACUGCAUGCUUUCCUAUGUGUAAUGAAUAAAAUCAAAGUCACAAGCAA